AUCCUGCCCCAGGUCUGCGGGAGGAGCAGGGGCCCUGCCGGGGCAGAGCGAGUCCCGUGCGGGUCCUGCCCGUGCCGGGGCUGCAGGCAGAGCCCACGGGGCCGUUGGUGCUUCACCGGGACCCAUCUCCCCACCUGGAGGCUGCAGCCCUGACCCCAGUGGGAGCCUCGGGGCUGGCGCAGUGGCUGGGGGGGAGCCGGGACAGGAGCCCCGGUGACCUGGCAGAGCUGAAGACCCACCUGCACCCCACGGAGCCCACAGGCUGCCCUCAAGGACUGGGACGUCCGUGAUCCACUGCUGCCGGGCCAGGCGGGUCCCUGGGAGCCCCGGCCCGUGCCCGCUCCCGCGCUGCCCAUCCCUGGUGGUGCAAUCCCGAGGUGCCGGCGUUCCCCCCCGCCGCAGCGGUGCGGGCUGUUAGUGCUGCUGAGAGCCCGGGGAGUGCAGAGCUCAUCCCCGGGGCUGCCACCACCCCGAGACUCACGGUCGUUUAAUACUUCACUCAUUAACUUGGGCUGAUAAACCCGGUGGGAGCGAGAGGCUAAAAGCCGUGCCAGGCGAGCAGCACCUCCCUCGACAGUCGCUCCGCGGCCCCGCCAUGGCGGCCGGCUUCUUCAUCAGCAAGAGUGUGGCCGUCGUGGCCGUGGUGCUGGGUCUGGGCUCCGUGGCCACCAUCAUCGCGCUCUCGGUGGUGUACGCCCAGGAGAAGAACAAGGCGACGGAUCUUGGCACCACCGAGCUCAGCACCGCCAGCCCCAGCACCACCAACACCGCUGCCACCACUGCCACCACUGCCUCCACCACCUCCACUGCCUCCACCACCUCCACUGCCUCCACCGUGCCCCCUGCCCACGAUGCCUGGGACAAGUGGAGGCUGCCGACCACACUGAUGCCGGAGUUCUACGAGGUGACCCUGCAGCCCUUCCUGACGCCCGAUGCCAACAACAUGUACAUCUUCAAGGGCAACAGCAGCGUGGUCUUUGUCUGCGUGGAAGCCACCGACCUCAUCCUCAUCCACAGCAAAAACCUGAACUACACCCUGCAGGGCUCCUUCCACGCCUCGCUGCAGGCAGUGGAUGGCUCCAGCGUGCCCCCCAUCACCCGGACCUGGCUGCAGCCCACCACGCAGUACCUGGUGGUGCAGCUGGGCAGCCCGCUGCAGCAGGGCCAGCGCUACCGGCUCUUCAGCAUCUUCACCGGGGAGCUGGCCGACGACCUGGCCGGGUUCUACCGCAGUGAAUACGUGGAUGAGUCAGGCACCAACAGGGUGGUGGCCACCACGCAGAUGCAGGCGGCUGAUGCCCGCAAAGCUUUCCCCUGCUUCGACGAGCCGGCCAUGAAAGCCAACUUCACGGUGACGCUGAUCCACCCCUCCGACCACGAGGCCAUCUCCAACAUGCCCGUCAGGAGCACCCAUCAGCAGCAGAUCGAUGGGAAUACCUGGAACAUCACCAAGUUCGAGACCACCCCCAGGAUGUCCACCUACCUCCUGGCCUUCAUCGUCAGCCAGUUCACAUACGUGCACAACAUGUCGGAGAAUGUGCUGAUCCGCAUCUGGGGCCGCCCCGCGGCCAUCACCGAGGGCCAGGGCGAGUACGCACUGCAGGUCACUGGCCCCAUCCUCAACUUCUUCGAGAGGCACUACAACACGGCAUACCCGCUGCCCAAGUCCGACCAGGUCGGCCUCCCUGACUUCAAUGCGGGCGCGAUGGAGAACUGGGGGCUGGUGACGUACCGGGAGAACUCGCUGCUCUUCGACGACGCCUACUCCUCCAUCGGCAACAAGGAGCGGGUGGUGACCGUCAUUGCCCACGAGCUGGCGCACCAGUGGUUCGGGAACCUGGUGACGCUGCGGUGGUGGAACGACCUGUGGCUGAAUGAGGGCUUCGCCUCCUACGUGGAGUAUCUGGGUGCUGACUCAGCAGAACCCUCCUGGAACAUUAAAGACCUGAUGGUGCUGAACGAGGUGUACACGGUGAUGGCGACAGACUCCCUGACCACGUCCCACCCGCUCUCCUUCCGCGAGGACGAGAUCAACACCCCGGCCGAGAUCAGCGAGGUCUUCGACUCCAUCGCCUACAGCAAGGGAGCGUCGGUGCUGCGGAUGCUCUCGGACUUCCUCACCGAGGACGUGUUCAAGGAGGGGCUGCAGUCCUACCUGCACACCUUCGCCUACGGGAACACGGUCUACACGGACCUCUGGGUCCAUUUGGAAGAGGCUGUCCAGAGGAGCGGCCUCCAGCUGCCCGGCACCAUCAGCGACAUCAUGGACCGCUGGACACUGCAGAUGGGCUUUCCCUUGGUCACCGUCAACACCCUGGACGGCUCCGUCAGGCAGAACCACUUCCUGCUGGACCGUGACUCCGUGGUGGAGAGACCCUCUGUCUUCAACUACACCUGGAUCGUGCCCAUCACCUGGAUGACGCUGCAGACCACUGGGCAGAGGCAGUGGCUGACCAGCGUGUCAGAAACCAAACCCGAGUUCCAGGUGAGCAGCUCCAGCUGGCUCCUGCUGAACCUGAACGUCAGCGGGUACUUCCGCGUCAACUACAACCAGGAGAACUGGGACCAGCUCCUCAACCAGCUUUCCACCAACCACGAGGCCAUCCCUGUGAUCAACCGUGCCCAGAUCAUCGAUGAUGCCUUUAACCUGGCCAGGGCGCACUACGUUGAUGUGACCUUGGCCUUGAACACCACCCGGUUCCUGAGCCGCGAGACCCAGUACAUGCCCUGGCAGGCGGCGCUCAACAACCUCGCCUACUUCAAGCUGAUGUUUGACCGCAGCGAGGUCUUUGGGGUGAUGACGAAAUACAUACAGCAGCAGGUGACGCCCCUCUUCAACCACUACAAGAGCAUCACCAGUAACUGGACCACCAUCCCCAAUGGCCUGAUGGACCAGUACAGCGAGAUCAAUGCCAUCAGCACAGCCUGCUCCUACGGCAUUGCCGAGUGCCAGGACCUGGCCACAGACUACUUCCAACAGUGGCAGCAGAACGUCUCCAGGAACCCGAUCCCCCCGAACCUUCGCUCCUCCAUUUACUGCAGCAUCGUGGCCAUGGGCGGGGAGGCGGCCUGGGACUUCAUCUGGGACAGGUUCAAAGAGGCGCCGGUGGUGUCCGAGGCUGACAAGCUCCGCACGGCCCUCACCUGCAGCCCCCUUCCCUGGAUCCUCAACCGGUACCUGCAGUACACCCUUGACCCCAGCAAGAUCCGGAAGCAGGACGCCACCUCCACCAUCAACAGCAUCGCCAGCAACGUGGUGGGGCAGCCCCUGGCCUGGGACUUCAUCCGCGGCAACUGGAGAAAGAUCUUCACCCAGUACGGAGGCGGCUCCUUCUCCUUCUCCCGGCUGAUUUCAUCGGUGACCCAGCGGUUUUCCACGGAGUUUGAGCUGCAGCAGCUGGAGCAGUUCAAGGCAGACAACCAGGACAUCGGCUUCGGGUCAGGGACACGAGCGCUGGAGCAGGCGCUGGAGAGGACCCGCACCAACAUUAACUGGGUCAAUGAGAACCAGCAGAAGGUGCUGGCCUGGUUCCAGGGCGAGACUGGCUCCAGCUCCCCAGCUAACCAAAUAACCAGCUAACCAGUGAAUGUGCUCACCUCCCAGAGCCCACCGCCCCACAGCCUCGCCCCCUCCACAUCUCUCUUCACUCCAUCCCCUCGAUCUCCCAUCCUGAAACGCUCCAUCCUGGGGACACCCCAGGGACACCCCAGGGUCGCUGCUCCUGAGGGGCUGUGCCUGACGCCUGUAUGAUGGGCAGCAGAGGGGGUAAUGGGAGGCUUUGGGCCUGGGGGGGGCCUGCAGCCAUUGCUGCCCAGUGAGGCACUGGGUUCUGCGGGCUCAGGCAGGGCCUGGGAUGUAAAUAAAGGGUUCACACCAUCA